UCUUGGAAUGACAGUGCAUAGAGACCAGGACCGUGUUGUCACCAACAACACAAAAAGCCUACCCAAGGAUUACUUCAAAGACCAAGUUGGAUGGAAUAAUUGGGAUAUGGAAGGUUCCAUUCCCAGAAGGAAAACUAGGCCUGUUUGGGUGGGUGAUGUUUGUAUAGGAGGUGGUUCUCCUGUAGUUGUUCAAAGCAUGAUUAACGAAGAUACUCUGCAGAUUGACCGUUGCGUAACCGCUAUUCGUAAUUUGCACGAAGCAGGUUGUGAGAUAGUGAGACUUACUGUUCCUAGCUUGGCACAUGCUUACGCAGUUGGUUUUAUCAAACAAAAGUUGAAGGAGACUUAUCAAGACGUUCCUCUAGUAGCUGACGUUCAUCACAAUGGUUUAAAAAUAGCUUUAGAAGUAGCAAAACAUGUUGAGAAGGUUCGUAUCAAUCCUGGUCUUUAUGUUUUUGAGAAAAGAGACCCAAACAGAACGGAGUAUACUAAGAAGGAAUUUCAAAGCAUGAAGGACAAGUUGAAAGAAACUUUGAAGCCUUUAAUCGUGACACUAAGAGACCAAGGCAAAGCAAUGCGUAUUGGAGUUAAUCAUGGAUCGCUUUCAGAACGGAUGCUUUUUACAUUUGGAGAUACCCCACAAGGCAUGGUAGAGAGUGCUUUAGAAUGUAUUCGUGUUUGUGAAGAACUUGAUUUUCACAACCUGGUUAUCUCCAUGAAGGCUUCCAAAGUUCCAGUUAUGUUAGCAGCUUAUCGUUUAUUAGCCAAGAGAAUGGAUGAGGAAGGUUUUCAUUAUCCUUUUCAUUUGGGAGUUACGGAAGCAGGAGACGGGGAAUACGGUCGUAUAAAGUCGACUUUAGGCAUUGGUACUCUUUUAGCGGAAGGAAUUGGAGACACUAUUCGCGUUUCAUUGACUGAAGAUCCUGUAAAAGAGAUUUCUGUAUGUUAUGGUAUUCUACAAGGACUUGGUUUGCGGAGAACAAUGGUGGAAUAUGUGGCAUGUCCAUCUUGUGGUAGGACUUUAUUUCAUAUUGAAGAUGUUCUUCAUCAGGUAAGGGAAGCUACAAAGCAUAUGCCAGGAUUGAGCAUAGCCGUAAUGGGAUGCAUUGUGAAUGGCCCGGGAGAGAUGGCGGAUGCAGAUUAUGGAUAUGUUGGAAAGACGCGUGGUUAUAUUUCUCUUUAUCGUGGAAAAGAAGAAAUCCGUGUGGUGAAGGAAGAAUAUGGAGUGAAAGAGCUAAUUAACUUAUUAAAGCAAGAUGGAGUUUGGAAAGAUCCUCCCUAUGAAGCGAAUGGAGCCAAUGAGCAGCAUGCCGACAUGUUUAGUGGUGGAAAUGGAAAACCUUGAGAGUAUAUUUAGUGUAAAAGGAAGCAUAAAAUAUUGAUAAGAGCU